AGCAGCAUGCUGAAGAAGAGGCCAGCGUGGAUAAACAACAACAGCGCGUUUGUGGAUUUAAACGGUUAUUUGUUGUUUACAGCUGCCUGAAGUUUCGGGUUUGAGCAUCUUUAAACCGGAUCAGUUGAAAAGAAAACCGACAGAUUUCGUUACAAAAUGCCUCACCGAAAGAAGAAGUCGUUCAUUGAGAAGAAGAAGGCGGUGACCUUUCACCUCGUCCACAGGAGUCAGAGGGACCCGCUGGCUGCAGAUGAGACGGCCCCACAGCACGUCCUCCUGCCCGCUGCCAAGGCGGAUGCAGAGAAGAGGCGAGCGGAGCAGAGGGAGUUCGGCGUUUUUUUCGACGAUGACUACGACUACCUGCAGCACCUGAGGGAGGCGUCUGUCCCGUCUGAGCUGGUGGCGGCCGGUCCUUCACGGCGACUGAUUAACGUCCGUGAUGAAGAUGAAGAGAACGAGGAAGACAUGGACGGGGCCGUUCCUGCCGCAACCAUCAAGCUUCCCUCGUCAGUGUUCGCCUCGGAGUUUGAAGAGGAGGUGGGACUCCUGAACAAAGCCGCUCCGAUCUCAGGACCUCGGCUGGACAUGGACCCCGACAUCGUGGCCGCUCUCGACGAAGACUUUGACUACGACGACCCCGAUAACCUGCUGGACGAUGACUUCAUCGUCAAAGCAAACACUGCGAGCGGAGCGCAGGACGCAGAAGGUGACGAAGAUGAAGAUGAUGAUGAUGAUGAGUGGGAGGACACAGACUCUGAGGGCGACUUUGACUCUGAGGGCGGGUUUUCGGGCGAUGAGGACAUGGACGGCCGCGCUCGAGAGUUUCUGUUUAUGGACGAGGAGACGAAGAGUCGGUUCACAGAGUACUCGAUGACGUCGUCGGUGAUGAGGAGGAACGAGCAGCUCACCCUGCUGGACGACCGCUUCGAAAAGUUUUACGAGCAGUUCGAUGACGAUGAGAUCGGCGCUCUGGACAACGCAGAGCUGGAGGGCUUCAUCCAGCCGGACAGCGCUCGCCUGGAGGAAGUUAUCAAAGACUAUUUCAUACAGAAAGAGAAAGAAUCCCUGAGGCCUGAAGAUUUGGGUCCGAAAGAGCUUCCCGUCCUAAAGGAGGAGGACGAAGACGAUGAGGAGGAAGAGGAGAUGGAGACCGUCGUUAUCGAGGCUCCCGAAGAGAAGUGGGACUGUGAAACCAUCAUCAGCACAUAUUCAAACAUUUACAACAGACCCAAAAUCAUCCAAGAGCCACCAAAGACAAAACCGAUCCGUGUGUCCCAAAAGACGGGCAUCCCGCUGGACGUCCUCCCCGCCAAAGGUCUGACCGCCAAGCAGGCGGAGCGCAUGACGAGGAUCAACGACUCGGACCUGCCUCGAGUCUCCACUCAGCAGCGCAGCAAAGACGAGAGCAAAGAGGAGAGGAAGGCGAGGAAACAGGCCAUCAAGGACGAGCGCAAGGAGCGGCGGAUGGAGAAGAAAGCCAACAAGAUGGCGUUCAAGGAGGAGAAAGUGCGACAGGAGAAGCAGAUGUUGAACUUGAAAACAAACAUUCAAGGCCUGAAGCUUUAGUGGCUUUAGUCGCCCGCAUAGACUUUUAUUUACCCGGCGUCACCAGCAGACACGCUGCUUUUCACGUCUGACAGACAAACCCAAACAGCAGGACGGACGCGGCGCCGAGAGGCUCCUCAAAUCAUCAGGAGAAAAAGUUUAACUCGACUCUAACCCUUUGAAACCUGGAUGGACGACAGUUUUCUUGUGCUGCGUUCAGAUAAAUGCUUUUUACAAGCAGUUUA